GCGUUCAGUUAUUCAUCAGUCGUUUAGCAGAGAGCACAUCAGUAACAGCGUGCAAUCGUUUUGCUAUUUGCAUCUUCAGAACGGAAGUGUUUUCAGCGUGUGCCUGAGACUUCGUGGAAUUUGGAGAUCCAGCGAGUGGAUUUUUGACCAAGUUUCGACCUCAAUCACGUCAAUGCAUAGCAAUUCAUCGCUAAUUAGCCCUAUUCUAUGGACUUUUGAGGUGAAAAUGCGUGUGCAACGUCAGCAGACAAGGCAGCAAGCGAAAAUUUAACGAUAAGCCGAGUGUGAACUCUUUGCCACCCGUUAUCGAACAGAUGCAGUUUCGAUUGAGUCUGCUGGUGACCUUGUUGCAGCUCUUUGUAACAGUUCCAGCGAAUCGGAAAUGUUUGGGCGGCCUUUGCAUUCUUCCGGAGCUGUGUCGACCAGUAAGCGAAAACGUCUACGACGAGAUUCAUCUUAACUUUUUCAGCUCAGAUGAAUGUCGAAGCGAAAGUUUGAAAUGCUGUCCAUUCGAGCGUAUUGUGCGGCAACCGAAGUUCGAAGCGCCGGACGAAAGGGAAUUGGUAUGCGCUGCGCGGAAUAACAAUGGUAUUGGGAAUUUACCGGUGCCUCAGGAUAAGUUCCAGUCUAGAUACGGAGAGUUCCCAUGGAUGGCUUUCGUGUUCGUGAUCGAUGCUGGAUACGAAGUCUACAUGUGUGGCGGAACGCUGAUUCAAUCUAAGGUGGUGCUCACCAUUGCUCACUGCAUCGAGAACAUCCAAACGGACAAACUGAAGGUGCGGUUCGGCGAAUGGGAUUUGGAAAAUAUGGUGGAAAUCUAUCCACCACAGGACCGGACUGUACUCAAAACGAUCACCCAUCCUCAGUACUACGACGAACUGUUACAUAACGACAUCGCCAUUCUGUUUCUCAACGAUCAUGUCCACUUCACGGAAGUCGUAGGCACGGUAUGCCUGCCGCCUCAGAAUGCAAAUUUCGACAAAAAGAAGUGUGUGUUUUGUGGUUGGGGAGAGGACACCCUCGGAAGGAAUUCAUCGAUCUUGAAGCGGACUAAGCUUCCGAUUGUGCCAAGGGAUGAAUGCGAGCAGAUACUGAGCAAAAUACUUCACAGUCCGUACUUCAAACUGCACGAGAGUUUUCUCUGUGCGGGAGGUGAAUCCGGUAAAGAUGCAUGCCGGGGCGACGGUGGAUCACCUCUGGUCUGCAGGAUACCGAACUCGGAGAAUCAAUACUACCUGGUGGGGUUGGUGGCAUUUGGAGCCCGCUGUGGAGCACGAGGUGUUCCUGGAGUUUACGUUAAUGUUCCUUACUAUCGUGAUUGGAUCGACGGGGAGAUUGCAAAAAUGUAUCACGUUGAUUUAUUUGUAGAUUAGGUUCUAGUUGUGUACUUAGUUUUCAGUAAUUAAUGUAUACUAUUUUGUGUGUACGUCUGUA